CGUGACGCGCCCGAGCAGCUCCCUACUUCCGCUGUGGUUCGCUUGCUACGAACUUAGGACUCGAGUUAGGUCCGAAAGUCGCCGCGAUUUCGACCAGAGAGUUAUUCCAACAUGCUGGCCCUUAUCAACAGGCUUCUGGACUGGUUCAAGUCCCUGUUUUGGAAAGAAGAGAUGGAACUGACACUCGUGGGACUUCAGUAUUCCGGGAAGACCACGUUCGUCAAUGUGAUUGCCUCGGGCCAGUUCAGUGAAGACAUGAUUCCUACCGUGGGCUUCAACAUGCGCAAGGUCACCAAAGGCAACGUGACAAUCAAGAUAUGGGAUAUAGGAGGGCAGCCCCGCUUCCGGAGCAUGUGGGAACGCUACUGUCGAGGCGUCAAUGCUAUUGUGUACAUGGUGGAUGCGGCGGAUGGAGAUAAGAUGGAAGCCUCCCGAAAUGAACUCCACAACUUGUUGGACAAGCCACAGCUCCAAGGGAUUCCGAUUCUAGUGCUGGGCAACAAACGCGACCUCGCCAACGCGCUGGAUGAGAAGCAGCUCAUUGAAAAGAUGAACCUGUCGGCCAUCCAGGAUCGGGAAAUCUGCUGCUACUCGGUAUCCUGCAAAGAGAAGGACAACAUAGAUAUCACCUUGCAGUGGCUCAUCCGGCACUCCAAGUCACGGAGAAGCUGAAAGUGAAAGAGGCGCGCGGCCCCGACCCUUGUGAAUCAUCCGCAGUCAUCCCUCCAGCCGCCUCUUGUGAAGUAUUUCCGCUCCUUCCGCAGCCGCGUGGCGGCACUCUUGCAGCAACUCUUCUUUGAAACGUCAUCCGUGCGAGAAGGUGGAUUGUUGACGCCCGUGGCGCCUGGCCGCUCGUCGACGCCGAGGCGCUCGGAUGGCGCCCGCGGUCUUUUGUUCUCGUCAUUGCCCUCACGCGUGUUUUGGUGCAACGGCGGUUUUGAUCAGCGUUUGCCAAAUGAGGAUGGCGCGAAGGCCUUUCCUCGCCAAUGAGCGUCCUCGCCGUCAUUUGCCGUGCCUCAUUUGUCACGAGGCUCAAAUUCCACUUUUAAUUCCAGAAAGUAACGAGCGCUCGCCUGCCGCCUUCGGAGCUUUUAAGUGCCUUGCGGCCGAGCGAGACGCCGGUCGCCCGAGGCUGCGGCUCGCACGCGCUUAUGAAAUCGUGAGCGAUCGAUGCAAAUUCCUCGAUGACGCAACAACCGUCUCCCGUGAAUCCCAUGGAUAAUAACCACCCGGCGGCCCUCGGUUGACGCCACGCCACGCAGACAAAUUGACGACGUGUCGGUCCGUUGAUGGGUUUGAACACCUCUUGCCUUUUGCCUCGCUUUAAACGUGAAGGACACUUUGCGGCUUUCUUUGUUU